UCGUGCCGCGUAUAGCCAUCGUGACCACCAUUUUAAUAUGGCCACCUUCGUACCAUAACUCAUUUUGAGAUCUUUCCAUCAAUUUAUUUAUAUAUAUAAAGGUAAUAGACUAAAAUUUAUCAUUCUUCAGAUAUAUUUUUUUUCUCUUUCGACCCCUAUGGAGAUGUAUCUCUUUAAACGCUCAUCGAAAACUCAUUGUUCAUGUUCUUUUUCAACUAUCUCGACCCGUAUGAUAUAUUGCAUACUACUUUCUGUUUUUACUUUCUUGGUCUACCUUCUCCUCUCCCUCUCGUUGUUUCAAUCUAAAGAAACUAUUAAUGCCUACUUCUUAUCUUCUCAAGAUCAACCUCAGAGCCUAACAGCGAUCGAUCACAUCGUCUUUGGGAUCGGAUCGAGCAUUAAGACGUGGCCUGCACGUAGAGAAUAUGUUAAGCUUUGGUGGAAUGCUCAGAGAAUGAGAGGGUGUGUCUUUGUUGACCGUCCCUUGCCGUCUUUUGUGAACCACACAAAUUCUCCUCUCCUUCCUCCGAUCUGUGUUUCCGAAGAUACAUCUCGGUUCAGAUACACUUGGAAACACGGUGACAGAAACGCGAUUAGGAUCGCUCGGUGCGUGAUAGAAACUGUAAAGAUGUUUAAUACCUCCUCAGAAGAAGUAAGAUGGUACGUAUUUGGAGACGACGACACUAUAUUCAUCCCUGAAAACCUCGCAAGAACGCUCUCCAAAUACGACCACACAUCAUGGUAUUACAUUGGAGCAAGCUCCGAGAUUUAUUACCAGAACUCGUUGUUCGGACACAACAUGGCAUUUGGCGGUGGAGGGAUCGCUAUAAGCAGCUCGUUGGCUAACGUUUUAGCUAAAGUUUUCGAUUCAUGUAUCGAAAGGUAUCCACAUUUGUACGGAGGAGACUCUAGGGUUCAUGCUUGUAUGCUUGAGCUUGGAGUUGGAUUGUCUCAUGAGUCUGGCUUCCAUCAGUUUGAUGUGAGAGGAAAUGCCUUGGGAAUAUUAACAUCACAUUCAACGAGACCGUUGGUGUCUCUACACCACAUGGCCCACAUUGAUCCAAUUUUCCCAAACUCAACCACAUUCUCGGCCGUCAGCCACCUCUUCUCCGCCGUAGAACUUGAUCCUCUCCGUAUAUUUCAAGUCUCCGUUUGCUACGACCGUUGGCACUCUUGGACCAUCUCUGUCUCCUGGGGCUAUGCUGUUCAGAUUGAGAGUAGGCAUUUAUUUCUACGGGAUGUUUUGCGAACACAAAAAACGUUUCGAACAUGGAUAAAUUACGGCGGGUUGGCAAGAGUGUACACCUUCAACACAAGAGAUGUUCAUCCUGAUCCAUGCCAAAGACCUGUCACUUUCUUCAUGGAACACGUUUCUUCUUCUCCCGGUGAUGGAACUAUUAAAAGUGUGUAUAAGCAAGCUUACCAGAAUUGCACGUACGAUCCCCUUUCAUCUCCUCGAAAAAUGGAAGAGGUUAGAGUGUUUUCAACAAGGUUGGAUCCGGAUAUCAGACAAUUGAAGGCUCCGAGAAGACAGUGUUGUGAUAUAUUACCAACUUCUUCCAAUGGUGGAAAAGUAUUGGAAAUUGGAAUUCGAGAGUGCAAAGAGGAUGAGUUCAUCUAUAUACAUCCCUAGUAGCAACGUAACUAAUACGCUAUUAAUAACCUCUUUUUGUUUGUUACAUUUGCUAUCCAAAUUUAACAUAUGUCGUUGCCAUAUAGGUUUAGUUAUUCUUCAUUUUUUUUGGUAAGAAGUUAUUCUUCAUUUUUGUAUACUAUACAUAUACGUAUUAAACUGUGACUCAGCUUGUUGUUUUUCAACUUUUGAGAUUUGUAGUUAACCAUUUUUGAUUAUUCACCGGCCGUACCAAUAUGCUAAAAUAUUUUUUUGGAUGGAUAAUCUUUGAGUGUGCAACAAUAAAUUAAAGUAUGAUGGUAAAUAUAUAGGGUCAGUGGGCAGUGGUCAAAACUUAUAGGUAAUUACAAAGAAUGGUAGAGAAAGAGAUUUGAAUGGUAGGACAAGAAUCAGUGAAGAAAACAUUUCAACAAGUAAAUUAUAGAAUAUUCAUCUAAAGUGUGGCUAACCAAUUAUAGAAUCAGUGAAGAAAACAUUUCGAUAAUGCUUUGUCUUUAUCCUGUUUCCUCAUGCUUUGUCUUCUUCCAGCUUUUGUUGAUCACAUUCACAGCAAUGUUAUCAAUGUUUUAUAGGCAUCUCCGGUAGCACACAAAAAUUAUUUCUAUACUUCACUAUAAAAUAGAGUAAUUUUAUUAUAAAAUUGAUUUUGCUACAAUGGUUCGCUCUAUAGAGUUACUUUAUAACAUAGUCGAAUAUAGAGUAAUGUUGUUUUUACUCUAUAUUCGAAGUAAAAAUACUCUAUAUUUGGAGUAAAAAAACAACAUUACUCUAUAUUUCACUUUAUUAUAGAGUAACUCUAUUAUAAAGUGAACCAUUGAAGCAAAUCCAACUCUAUAAUAGAAUUACUCUAUAAUAGAGUUACUAGAUUUUGACUCGCGCUUUGAAAGCGCGGAAGUAAAAAGACAACAUUUGUUUUUUACUCUAUAUUUGGAGUAAAAAAACAUUACUCUAUAUUUCACUUUAUUAUAGAGUAACUCUAUUAUAGAGUGAACCAUUGAAGCAAAUCCAACUCUAUAAUAGAAUUACUCUAUAAUAUAGUUACUAGAUUUUGACUCGCGCUUUGAAAACGCGAGAGUAUAUUUGUUGACAAAUUUAUUGAUAUAACUAUUUGUUAACUAAUUUAUUUCGCUAUAAACAUUUUCGGUAUUCGUUCGACUCUAAUUUGCUUUUAUUGGUUUUCGAUUUCAGUUUGGUUGUCGUUUUUGGUUUAGAAAUAUAUGAACAAUUUUUGUUAUAUAUGAAGUUUAGUUUUGAUUAAAGUGAUUGAAUAUUUUGAUAUUUUGUGUGGUAUGGAUAUAUAAAAAUUUCGAUUUUUUCGGUUCUAGUUACAUUUCUGUUUUAAAUCAUUUAAAAUAAUUGAGGUAAAAUAAAAAAAAUCUUCAUAUUGUUAAUCACCAAUAUAAUAAAUUGGGAGAAAUAUUUAGAAAAUUAUUUUAUUUACAUAUCUAUUUAUUUAAGGUAUAAAUAAUAUAGCAAAUAAUAACAAAUAAUUUUAAUAACAUAAAGUUACUAUAUUCAGAAAAAAAUAUUAUAGUUUUUAUUAAAAAUAUAAUUUGUAAUGUUUAUAUUAUGAAAAAAUUAUAAUGUCGAUAUUUUAUAUUUUUAAAUAUUUAAUUUGCUGAAAAGAAUUAAAAUGAGACGCACUAUUACUUGACUUUAAAAUCACAUGCAAAAAUAAUCAAGUUGGGCGCAAAAACCAAUUCAACUGGAAAGCAAAACAAACAUUUAUCUUAUUUUAUCUUAAUAGGCCGAAGCACACUGCCCUUACAAAUCUAGUUUAUUGUUUUGACCGACAAAAUUAAGUUUAUUAUUGGAAAAGUCAUUGAAAAAGUUAAUGAAAUUUUUUGUAAUUAAUUGAAAAAGUCAGGGGCAUAAUCA